CCAGAACCAGAAGCCCAAUCCUCCUUCCAAAAAACGAAGGAAGAAAGAAACACAAUCCUAAAGAUAUGAUCUUCGACAAAGAUGACCUUGAUCUUUUGCUGGUUCCAGGUGCCAUACUGAUUCUAUUUUUCUACAUUGUAAUCACAAGUUGCAGACAGGGAAAUGAUCCUCACGGCACUAAACGGGAGUGGGUGAAAAGAAUCAUGAAGAGACUAGCUUAGAUUUUUGGAGUGGAUCGGACUAGAAUUUUUACUAAUCUUUACUAAGAACUUACUACUGGGACGGACUGGAAUUAAUAGUCGGAGACCCACCACAACCUUCGGCUGAAGUCCGGCGAACUCCGAUCCUCAUGGAUUGCCUCCCAUUUAUGGAUAUGGCAAGACCCAUGCAAGCAUUUCUCCCCUUCAAACAGCACGUUUUGGAUGAUUGAUGAUUCCGGGGGCUAGGAGGGACUUAUGGAUAUUGUUUAAUUUCUUGUGGAGAUAUGAUGCUGAUUAAUCUCAUUUUUUGACAAUUGCAGGUUGAUACAAAAGAAGGUCUUGCUGUGAUCUCAUCUAGGAUACAAGAGACAUAUGCUUGCGGUGCAGCCUGCUUAAUGAUCUUUCCUGUAGCUUGGCUUGCAAACUCUUCCAGUUUUGUGUUUCAGAGAAAACUUGUGUAUGGUAACUCGAGCCCAGAACUCAUCAGCUUCAAGUUUGAAUGCCUCAUAUCAUGUUUCCUCCUCGCCAUGGCAUUCUAUGGUAAUUCAGCAAAGCAGUUCAAGCAAACGAUCCAUCUAAUAAGCUCAAAGAACAAGCAAGCUGAGGCCAGGGCAGUGCGGGCUUAUGUAGCAGCAUGUACUUUCUUCUCACUUGGAAUGAGAUUCCUACAAUGUGCUGGCACUCUGCUGCUAUGGUUUUUCGGCCCUAUCCCAAUGUUUGUUUCCUCUAUUGUUUUAGUCAUAUUUCUUCAUGUCUCUGAAAUGAUUACUAGUCCACAGAAGCAUAUCCAUCCUCAGAGUGCAGUUGAAAAUCACGGAGAAAAUUCAGAUUUGGAACGGAUGUGUUUUCGAAAGUGGAAAGCCAGUAUCCAAACACAAUCUCUUGAUGAAGAUAAUGUAAUUGGUAGUUGGUCUUCUGGGAAAGUGUACAAGGUUUCGCUAAACGAUGGGCAGGCUAUUGCAGUAAAGAAGCUGGUGCGAGAGAAAAAGGUGUGUAAGAGUGGUGAUGUUGAGAAAGGUUGGGACAGUGACGAUGGCUUUGAAGCAGAGGUCGCAACUUUGGAGAAGAUAAAACACAAGAACAUUAUGAAGCUCUUGGAUUCUUUUACUACAAGGGACUUCAAGUUCCUGAUUUAUGAGUACAUGCCAAAUGGUAGUCUUGGUGAUUUGCUGCAUAGUAGCAAAGCAGGGUUGCUGGAUUGGCCUAGAAGGUGUAAGAUUGCUCGUGAUGCUGCUGAGGGGCUUUGUUAUCUCCAUCAUGAUUGUGAUCCUGCUAUUGUUCACAGAGAUGUGAAAUCAAACAACAUAUUGUUGGAUGCUGAUUUCGGAGCUCGAUUGGCAGAUUUCCGGGUAGCUAAGAUAGUUGACGCAUUGGAUAAAGGGCCUAAAUCCAUGUCAGUCAUUAAAGGUUCACCUGGUCACAUUGCUCAAGAUAAUGCAUAUGAACGACGGGCUAAGAACUCGAAUGUGAAGGGUGAUAUAUACUGCUUUGGUGUUGUCAUUCUGGAAUUAGUGACUGGGAAACAUCCAGGUGACCCGGAUUGUGGAAAAAAGGGUUUGGCUAAAUGGGUCCGUACCACUUUGAAGCAGAAAGGAGAGGAGCAUGUCAUUGACCCCAAACUUGAUUCUUGUCACUUGGAAGAAAUAUGCAGGGUCCUUGACAUUGGGAUUUACUGCACCAAACGUCUCCCAUUCAGUCGACCAUCCAUGACAAAAGUGGUCAAACUAAUCCAACAAGUGAGCGAAGAGAAAAAUCCCAAGAUUGCAAAGAAGGAAGCAUAAUUGUUACGCGUUCUAGAGAUGCAUCAGAUCGUGGAUGGUGGAACUGUACAUUGACAAGUUUAUAAUUGGGGUCGUGGGGAUCUAGGGGAGCAGAAGUUCUCAUGUAACUUUACUUUGGAUCAUGUUUUGAGGUUAACUUCUCCUUUUUUUUGUUCUAUCAAAGGGAUGUUUUGAGGUUAACUUCAAUCGCAAAUACUAUGACACGUUUGGCGUUGGCUAUAGCCCUAUAGCCUACAGAUUUACUUGAUGGCUUAUA